AUGAUUCUUUUAAUUGCUUUACAGAAAAAUUGUCAAUGGAUAUCUACUGGUGCAUAUCUAACUUAAAAUAAAUAAUUUUCUUUUUCCUAAGAAGAAAAUUGCCAUAAGUAUUCAGGGGGGUUUGUGUAAAAGUAAAAUGACAUCAUAACAACUGCAAACUUUUUAAAUUGUGUAAAAGAAGGAAGCUACAUCACUCUAAAUAAUGCCUCAUCAUAAGCUGAAUAUUAUAAAUAUUUUGAAUCAUACUAUUAAAUGUUUUUCAUAACAUUUGAUCUAAUAUUUUUUGGAACAUGGAAUGAAUUAGACAAUUUGACUUAUUCAAUUAAUAAUUAAAAUUAUAAUUGGAUUUAUAAUAACUCUUUCUAAAAGGAUAUCAUUACAAAUGGGUUUUGUGAUAAUAAGUCAGCAUUUAUAUUGACUGUCAAUUUUACAAUCAAUUAAAUAUCAAUUAAAGGAUAUCAUUAGUUUAAUGUAUUUACCUAAAGUGGUAAUGUAUCAAUUAAGAAUUUCAUCUAUUCUGGUCUUAUUUGUCAUCCAAGUUGUAAAAAAUGUUGGGGAAGUUCCCCCAAUUAAUGCUCUUAAUGUUAUGAAGGUACUGUUAAAAUAGAAAAUACUUGCAUAAAUCAAUGUCCAGCCGAAACUCCAUUUUUUGUAAAAUAACAAGGAUUCAAAUAAUUAUGUCCCAUAGACUAAUUAUUGUAUAUCAAUGGUUACUGUGAUAAUAUUCAAGUAAAAUUGACUUUUAUAAACUAGGGAAUACUUUUAUAUUUUUGAUGAUGUAAGAACCUAAAACUACUGAACAAUAUAAUUGGUAAAUGAUAUAUGAUUUUAAUUAUUUAAAUCUCUCAACUCCUGAAAAUUUGAAUUUUUAUACUUAAUUAAUUUUUGGAAUAUUUAAAAUGAAUUAGGGAAUUUAUAGAAUCUUAAAUAUUACUAAUCCUCAUAAUUUAACCUUAAUUUUUUUAUAAUUAAUUCUGUUUAAUGAUAUGCCUACUAAUAGUAGUAUCGAAUUAUUAAUUAAUGACACUUAUUAUGCAAGAGUUUUUACAAAUAAUUCAAUCAUACAAACACAUAACUUUAUAGUUAAUUAGAAGUUUUCAAAGCCAGAUUACAAUAAAAGCACAGAUGUUUAUCGAAAUAAUUAUUAAUAUGACAUUUAUUUGCAAACUAACUUAUCCAAUUAUUUUACUCUUAAAUUAAUAGGAAAUUUUACGUAAUAUAUAAAUAAAUUUUAGCUAAUCAAAUGCCGGCUGGGCAAUCAAAAGCAUUGAAAUUUCAUCAGAAUAUUGCCCUUCUUAAUGUAAUACAUGCACUGAGAGAUUCAAGUGUUCAAGCUGCAACUAAAAUUAUUACCUUACUAAAUGGUAUUAAUGUAGUAAAUGCACAAGUGAUAGUUAAAAAUAAAUAAAUUCUACCUAUUGUUAGGAUUAUGAUAACUCUGAUGCACAAAAUGUAUUAAAAUAUAUUGUUAAGAUUUUAGAUUCCAAAUUACUUGUAAAAGAGUUUGCAGGGUUAGAUGUUAAUCCAGAAACAUAUUCUUAGUACAACUUGAUCAGUUAAACAGGUCCAAAUUUCCUCAAAAGUUCUAAUAUUUAUUUUCAAUAUGGUAAAAUGAAUAACUAAUAUUUGGAGGGCCUUUUAUUUGGGCUUAGGCUAGAUUUUCUCGAUAAUUUAAUAAUCUUGAUCCUCAUCACAGUUUUAAUAUAGCUUUUAAUGUUAUAUUUGGAACUUCAUUUCAAACAGAUGGAAGAUUUCUUUUAUAUAUUGAUGAUGUUUUGAUAAAUGAAUUUAUCCCGAAAAAUAAGCAAAAAUUUUUUUCAUUGCUCUAACACUCUUCACCUACUUUGAAAAUUGAAUGGGAAUGUAAAGGUUCAAAUAAUGAGCCUAUCUAUGCCUAUUGUAGAUUUUAUUAGUUUUAUCUUACUAUUCAUAAUUGUAGGCCAGAUUACCUUACUUGUAAAAAUGAAACAGAUUGCUAAAAUCCUAUUCCAACUUUAAUUACAACAUGCUUUGAUUUUAAUCAAUUCUAUGAUUGGAUGCUAAAUAAAUGUGUUAGUUGUCCUAUUUAUUGCCAAACUUGUACAUCAUUGCAAAAUUGCUUAACUUGUAAGAGUAGUUUUACUUAUUCAAAUUUAGGGUGUGUAUGUUCCUCUAAUCAAUAUUUUGAUAAAAAUCAAUAAAUUUGUAGAUAAUGCUCUGAUAAUUGUUAGAAAUGCAUUAAUGAUUAAAUUUUUACUUAAUGUAAUUCUGGAAAUUUUAGAGUAUUAUUAAAUAAUAAAUGCAUUUGCUAAUAAGGCUAUUAUGAGGAUAAUUAAAGCUGUUUUAGUUGCACUUAAUUUUGUUAGAAAUGCAUCUCAUCACUUGAUUGCUUGGAGUGCUAUACUGGAUUCAUACUCAAUAUCAAUAAUUCUAUUUGCAUAAUACUUGAAGGAAAUUAUUAUUCAUUAGGUCUUUAACAAUUAUUGCCAUGCAAAUCGAAUAAUCAAUGUGAUCCAUGUAAUUCAAAUUAUAGUAAUUGUUUUUGUGGAGAUGGUAUAAUUAGUUAGAAUGAAGAGUGUGAUUAUAUUGAUACCGCAACAAAUAAUAAUAAAUGUCUUGAUUGUAAAAUAGUGUGCUAAGCUGAAUGUACAAAAUGUAUAAGAGGAGUAUGCUAUGGAUGUGAAACUCAAGGUUGGUAUUUGGAAAUUCAAUAGGAAAAAUAAUUAUGUAAAGAACAAUGCAGAGAUGGGAAAGUUGUAGGAUAAGAAAAAUUUGAUGAUGCUGUUUCAUCAACUAAUUAGAUUUGUAAAGAUUGUUAAUUUUAUUGUUAUCCAGAUUGCUUAAAGUGUAAUUUAGAAGAAGGUUAAUGUCUUUAAUGCAGGGAGGGUUUAACUAUGGAAUCAAAUUUUUGUAAAAAUAUAUGUGGAGAUGGUAUAAUUGUUUCAGCUCCUGAUAUAGAUUUAAAUGAAUAGUGUGAUGAUGGAAAUAGUAUAAGUAAUGAUGGUUGUUCUUCAGAUUGUAAGUUUCAAUGUUAACACUCAUAAGUAUGUAGCAUUUGUAUUAUAAAUAUCUGUAAACAUUGUAUUAG